GAAAAAUAAGGAAAAGUGCAAAACCGAGCCUCCAGCCGGGCUUAGCUAAGUGGACAAUCUUCUCCGGAGACCAGACGCACAGACAGCGCUUUUCAUCUCUUUCUGUCGCUGUUGCGAAGUGGAGCCUCUCGCUCCGAUGGCGGAGAAGAAGCCCCUGAGUCUCAACGAUCGCCACAGUCGCCUUCUCGAAGACUUGUCUUCCCACCGCCAACCACCCAAACCCUCCCAGGAUCCGGAGCAACCUCGCAAGGUCAAACUAGAGGGUCGACGUCGACUCUGCAAGCUCUCGUCGACUUCGAGAGAUGACGACGAUGAAACUGUGUUCGAUGCACCUAGUUUUGCAGGAAUCACGGAUUUUGAUUCCCCGCCUGCAAAGAACGCCACCGAGAGUGUCCCCAGCUGUGGUUACGAAUUCAGGGGUUUUGAUUCUCCACCCGGAAAAACCGUUGCCAAUGACGCUGCCGGCGGUGGAAACGAGAUUAGAGACAUACUCAACGAGUUAAGCUCUAGACUUGAAUAUCUAUCGAUUGAGAAGAGAAAACAAAUCCCUAAAACGGCUGAAUCAAUUGAAGGAGAUGAAGUGCCCAAGAAACAGGAGGACGUUUCCGUUGUUCCUGAAUACGCCAAUGCUUCUUCCCCAUUCCCUCUCUCAUCUGACCCGUCCGGUUCCUCGUCGGACGCUGUUACUCAGUUUAAGGAUGCAAAGAAUGUUGAGGAGAAGGCGGAGAAACCAGCAGAAAAUCCCAGUGAUGCGGGGAAUUUAAAGAGCAAACCAGUCAGUGAUAAUCUUGCUGGUAGGGUAAGAAUUUUAAAGAACGCUAGUAGAGAACACAUGCGGCAUUCGCUGGUUCCCUACGACGACGAUGAAGACGAUGAUAAUGAUGAUUGUGUAGUUUUAAGCAGCAAUGAAGCGGCUAAAGAUGUAAAGCAUGCUGCUUCUAUUGUUAGGGAAGAAGUUAGCAAUGCCGUCUCGGUUGAUUUCUCCGAAGAUUAUACUGACGGUUCAGUUGCCGAGGGUGACGAGAUGGAUUCUAUCACUUUGAGUGGGGCGAGCUCCACAUACAGGUUGCCUGGUAAAAUUGCAAAAAUGCUGUAUCCGCAUCAGCGCGAUGGUUUGAAAUGGUUGUGGUCGCUUCAUUGCCGGAGAACUGGUGGAAUUUUAGGGGAUGAUAUGGGUUUAGGAAAAACAAUGCAGAUGUGCAGCUUUUUAGCAGGGCUUUUUCACUCAGGUUUGAUUAGGAGGGCAUUGAUUGUGGCCCCCAAGACGCUUCUCUCUCAUUGGAUCAAAGAACUAUCAGCUGUGGGGCUUUCUGAGAAGACGAGAGAUUACUUUGGGGCUUGCGCAAAACUACGUGAAUAUGAACUUCAAUAUAUACUCCAGGACAAAGGUGUUCUCCUCACCACAUAUGAUAUUCUGAGGAACAAUACAAAAUCCUUAAUUGGGGAUAGUUAUUUUCAUGAUGAGAGAAGUGAAGACAACAUUACAUGGGACUACAUUAUACUUGAUGAAGGGCAUCUGAUAAAGAAUCCUAGUACACAAAGAGCCAAAAGUUUGCUUGAGAUACCUAGUGCUCAUCGUAUCAUUAUUAGUGGAACACCACUACAGAACAAUCUGAAGGAAUUAUGGGCCUUGUUCAACUUCUGUUGUCCUGGACUCUUGGGUGAUAAGAAUGAGUUUAAGGAAAGAUAUGAAAAAAAAGUUCUUCGCGGGAAUGAGAAGAAUGCUUCUGAUAGGGAAAAGCGUAUUGGCUCUACAGUUGCAAAGGAGUUAAGAGAUCGUAUUGAACCAUAUUUCUUGCGUCGCCUAAAAAGUGAGGUUAUACUUGAAAAUGAAGCAACAAAAGGUGCCAAACUUUCUAAAAAGAAUGAGGUCAUUGUGUGGCUGAGACUGUCCCCUUGCCAGCGGCAACUGUAUGAAGCCUUCCUGAACAGUGAGCUGGUUCUUUCAUCAUUUGAUGGCUCACCUUUGGCUGCACUUACGAUCCUGAAAAAAAUAUGUGACCAUCCAUUUCUUUUGACUAAAAGAGCUGCUGAAGAUGUAUUAGAGGGGAUGGAUUCAAUGUUAAAUCCGGAAGAUCUUGGUGUGGUGGAAAGAAUGGCAUUGCAUUUGGAAACUGCUUCCUAUAGUGAUGACUCUGAAAAUAUGCAUUACAAUGUUUCUUGCAAGAUUACAUUUAUAUUGUCUUUACUGGAUAACUUGAUUCCUGAAGGGCAUAAUGUAUUGAUUUUCUCUCAAACUCGCAAAAUGCUAAAUCUUAUUCAGGAAGCAAUAGUAUCAAAGGGCUACAAGUUCUUACGGAUUGAUGGGACUACAAAAAUCAGUGACAGGGAGAAGACUGUGAAUGAUUUCCAAGAGGGUGAAGGUGCACCCAUUUUUCUCUUGACAUCUCAAGUUGGCGGUCUUGGUCUUACGCUUACAAAAGCAGACCGUGUGAUUGUGGUAGACCCAGCAUGGAAUCCAAGUACGGAUAACCAAAGUGUUGACCGUGCAUAUCGAAUUGGGCAAAAGAAGGAUGUUAUUGUUUAUCGAUUGAUGACGUGUGGCACAAUUGAAGAGAAGAUUUAUAAAAUGCAGGUAUUCAAGGGAGGCCUGUUUAAAUCUGCAACUGAACACAAAGAACAAACUCGGUACUUUAGCCAGCAGGAUCUCAAGGAGCUUUUCAGUCUUCCUAAACAAGGAUUUGAUGUAUCACUAACUCAGCAGCAAUUACAUGAAGAGCAUGAUCGACAGUGCACAAUGGAGGACUCUUUAAGAAAUCACAUAAAGUUUCUAGAGUCUCAAGGUAUAGCGGGGGUCAGCCAUCACAGUUUGCUCUUCUCCAAGACUGCACCUCUACAACAUGUAGAAGAAGAGGAACUGCUAAGGAGAAAGCAAAUUACAUACGUGGGACCUUCAUCGUCAUGCUUUUCACUUGAUCGCAGUGUUGAUGGGGCUCAGUAUGCUUUCAAACCCAAAGAUGUGAAGCUCUACAGCAAUAGUGCAUCUUCAGGUGGUCCAGGCAAACCAAAGGAGGUGGAAAUUAUAGAGAGAAUUGAACGUCUAUCUCAAACUUUGGCAAACAAGGCCACAAUUUCAAGGUUACCAGAUAAGGGAGACAAGAUACGAAGGCAGGUCGCUGAAUUAAAUCUAGAGCUUGAUAAGAUAAGGAUGGAAGACAAAAGAAUUGAAAAAGAAAUUAUUGAUUUGGAUGAUAUCUCAGGGGACCUUCAUAGGGUUUUAACUGUAUAGAGUUUAGCUUUUUUACUUCUUUAAUUCUGCAAAGUUACUCUGAUUAUUACAAACAUACAAAUGAAGUUUCCAGUUUGAACCAGUAACUCUGUACAUUAGUAUGCUGUGCCCUUGAUUAAUGAUUUAAAGGGCUAACUAAUUUUAUUGAAUGAGAUAGUUUCAUCAA